AUGGUCACACUGCCAUUGAUGGUCACACUGCCAUUGCUGUCAUUCCGUUGCCCCACCUUCUCUGCCCUCCCACCCCUUGCUGCAUGCCUGCCCCCACCACACCCUGCCUGCCCGCACCACCACCAACCACCCCCCUUGUUUGCGCACCAGGUGCGAGGGCGAGGUGGUGGACGUGGACCCCAGCAACGUCACUCGCCCCGUGCUCUCCGCCAUCCUGCAGACUGCCUGGGGCCUCGCCCCCACGUACGCCCCUCCCCCUGCUCCCCCCUUGUUCGCCCCUGCUGGUCCCUGCUGCCCCCUGCUGCUGCCUGCUCCUGCUUGCUCCCCGCUGCUGCGCCCUGCUUACUCCAUGCUUCCCUCAUGCACACGCCACCUUGCCCUUUCCCUCACGCGCUCCACGAGGCAUGGAGCGCCAUCCACAACGCCUCACAGCACGACUACCGGUGGAGCGGCGGCAUCACGGCCAUGGGCCCCUUCUCGCGCCACGUGGCAGUGACCACCACCAUGCGAGACACAGCGCUGCGCAACGUGCUGCUCUCCACGCUCAACUCCACCAUCUCCAGCACCCUGCACCUCCUCUCCGCGCUCCAGAGGUACGGGUCGGAGGAGGCAGCACUGAAGCCGGGCGCAGUGAGGCAGCGCUUUGAGCAGCGCUGGGGGGUGCUGCGCCACAAGCUGCAGCGCGCCGCAGCCGCGCUGUCCUCCGUGGACAUGGCGGUGGCGGGGUACUAUGCGCGGUCGGCGCGCCAUGACAUGGACGCGCUGUUUGAGCUGGCGGGGCAGUCCGCCCAGGACAUGCACACCUCCUUCUCCUGCUUCCAGGUACGCCCCUCCCCUCCCCUCCCUUCUCCGCCCUCCCCCUUCUGCCUGCCAUGCCAUGCCAUAGCAUCUGUUGCUCCCUCUCAACCCCCACCUGUGUUUCAUUUCCCUCCCGUGGCCACUCGCCUCACCCACCCCUCUCUGUGUUCCCCUCGCCUCACCCCUCCCCGUGUGCCCCUCGCCUCACCCCUGCCUACUGCGUGUCUCGCCGUGCUGCCAGGAGGCGCCAGUGGCGUGGUCGGUGUGGGGUGGGGUGGCAGUGCUGGCAUAUCUGGCAUUCCUGGUGGGGCGCAACCGCUGGCGAGUGUGGCGCGUCAAGCACAAACGCUUCUAGCCACUUCCUGCCAUGUCACCUGCUCACGCCUCAACCUAGCCAGGUGGAAUUCCCUGACUAUUAGGCUAUCCGACGGCAAUCCUUUCUCUGCGUUCUCUGACAACUUGCUGGGCGCCGUGCUGCUGCGCGUGGCGUGCAACGGCGUCAGAUUCGGCGGCCAGGAUUGUCUUGUGACCGACGCGGAAGAAGCCGAUGCGGGAAGGAAGAUUGACGAAGCCCUAAUUGAGCCGCUCCCCUCUGAGAGCGCGUGGCUCGCCGGCACUUCCGAGGCUCCCGUUAGGUGCUCAUCGUCGUCGCUGGUCUCCUUCCGCCACGCGCUUGUCUGCAAGCGCUGGUUGUGCGUCGCCCGCUUCGUGCAUCCCGCCAUCGUCGUUCUGCUCAACCGCUUCUUCUCCGCGCGCGCCCUCGCGUCUCUUCUCCGCGCGCCCGCGACCGCGGGGUUCCCCAACCUCCGCCACCUGCACCUCGCGCCGAACGAGCUGGACACCGUCGAUCCCGCGCUCGUGCGCGCCAUCUGCGUCGGAUCUGGGCCGUCCUUAGCGCAUCUCACGCUGCAGCUGCAGGAUGGCUGGCUGCCUGUGACGCGCGCGCGACAGUACUCUUUCCUUGGGAUCGGCGCACAGGCGGCGGCGGUAGCGGAAGCGGCGCUAGCGGCGGGGGCGGUCUCGCCGGCCGAUGUCGCCGCCCUGUUCUGCUCUUGCACGCGAUUGGUCAGUCUCGACGUGAACUUUGGGACAGGGCUUUCCGAGGUUCCUGCUGCCGUCAGCUGCCUGCAGCAGCUCACGGAUUUCGGCAUGUCCUUCGACGACGAUGUUACCACGUUACCGGCGGAGUUUGGCAGUUUGCCCGUCGAGCUGCCCGCCUCCAUCUGCCUCCUCUCCGCGCUUACCAGUCUGACCCUCGUGCACUGCUAUGCGCUCGCAAAACUGCCCGAAAACUUUCACCAGCUGCCGAAUCUGCGCACCAUCCACCUGGAAGCACUAAUCGCCCUCACUGCCCUCCCACAAUCUUUCGGCCAGCUGCCCGCGCUGCGUGACCUCACCAUUGAAGGCAACGGUCGCAUCAUGCACCUCCCGCCAUCGCUCUCAAGCAGCCGCACGCUGGAGCGCGUCUCUCUCAACGACUGCCAAGCGCUCUUAUCCCUGCCGGACGCCAUCGGCCACAUCCCCACCCUAGAACGCGUCGAGCUCAUCUUUCUCGACGCCCUCAUGGCGCUUCCCGACUCCCUAGGAUGCGCGUCGCGCCUGCACGAGCUGAGCAUCGUCAAGUGCCGCCGCCUUGUGGCCCUCCCGCGUUCAGUCUCUGCCCUCACCUCCCUCACCCGCCUUACACUCGAUGACUGCGCUGUGUGGGCGCUGCCCGAGGAUUUCGGGCAGCUGUCGAACCUGGCCCAGCUGAAGCUGUCCUGCGGGCAUUUGCCUGCCCUGCCCAGGUCAUUCGGGCAGCUGGGGAAGCUGCAGGAGCUGAGGCUCCACGCAUGCUACGGGCUACUCGAGCUGCCCGCGUUUUUCGCAAAUCUCUCCUCGCUGGAAGCGCUGGUCAUCUACGGGGGAACGUCGCUCAUCUCCCUGCCGCCCUGCUUCGAGCAGCUCCCGCAGCUGCACCGCCUCGAGCUCUUUAACUGCGCCAUGCCGAGCAUGCCGGAGAGGUUCGGGCAGCUGCCGAAGCUAGAAGUUUUGAAGGUGGGAAGCAGGGAGAGUUACACGAGGGACGGCGCGGAUCCAGAGCAGCGCUCCUCAUCUGCUUGCCCCUCAGCGCUCUCACUGGCCACGCUGAAUGAACCGCUGCUGGGGCGCUGCCUGCUGUGCAGCUUGCCGGCGCCCCUCUCUUCCCUCACGUGCCUGCAGCAGCUGGUGAUGGACGGGUGUGACACGCUGGACAGCCUGCCACAGGGGCUAGGACGGCUGGCUGGGCUGCAACUGCUGCGCAUCAAUAACUGCCCACACCUGCGCUGCUUCCCCUCCCUCCUGCCCGCACUUCCUCCCACCUCCACCUCUGCACAUGGGGGGCGUGUCGCUCCGGCUGCCCCUGCUACCACUUUGCAUGCCCGUCAUGCUCUUCCCCGCCCUUCAGCGCGCCUUGCUGGUUGCUCCGCUCCGCUCCCGAUGCUUCACACCCUGGAGAUCGCCAAGUGCUCCAAGCUCACAAGCCUGCCGGACGGCGUGCAUGCGCUGCCCAGGCUGGAGCGCAUCACACUGGAAGACUGCAUCGCCCUGGGCUCGCCCGAGGAGUGGGUGUCGCUCACUGUGCCCGUCGCCCUUCCCCUCUCAAUCACCGACAUCUCCCUCUCGAGCGUCUUUCUCGAGUCCCUCUACCUCCCACCCUCCUUCCGCUCCCUCACGCGCCUCACCCAUCUCAACCUGAACGAACUCCUCUGUCUCCAGGCGCUUUUUGCUCCCCCGCACGGCGCCCCACCGGAGGACCUACUGGGCGACUGGGAGGAAGGCACGCAAACAGAUCCCAUCUUUGGCUUCCGCAUCGAUCCCCACCCCGGUCCGCCCGCCAGCCUGGCGCUCCUCUCGUCACUCCAGCACCUUGCCAUCGUGCAAUCUGGCCUGCCGUCGCUACCCAGCAACCUGAGCGAGCUGAGGAGCCUCAAAUCACUCAUUUUAGAGGACUGUGUCGUCAUGCCCUCCCUCCCCGCGUCCCUAGCCCACCUCUCCAACCUUGAAAAACUCGUGUUGACAACUCUCCCGCAGCUGGCACACCUGCCCAGGAAUCUCGGGCAGCUGAAGGCUCUGAAAGAGCUCACGGUGGAGUUUUGUGACGCGCUGGUGGGUCUGCCUGCAUCCAUUGGUCUCCUCUCCUCCCUCGUCCUCCUCUCCGUCACCGAAUGCAAAACGUUCUCCUCUCUUCCCGACUCCAUCGCCUCCCUCCCCCGCCUCACCUCCCUCAAGCUCAACUGUCUCCCACGCCUGCGCCGCGUGCCAGAGUCCCUCUCCCUCCUCCCCGCCCUCGUGAUCCUCUCACUGGAAGACUGUGAGCAGCUGCGCGCGCUGCCCGAGGGGCUGGCGGGUGUGGGGACGUUGAGGGAGGUGAUAGUGGUGGGGUGUUGCGAGCUCGAGUACGUGCCUCAGUCGCUGCUGGCGAGGCAGAACAUGAUCGACCUGCAGCUUCGGUGA